UUAAAAAAAAGAGAUAAUAUAUACUUUUUUUAUUAUAAUAUUAAAACGAAACGACUAAAUAAUAAAUUAAAUUAUAAAAAACUUAAACCUUUUAAAAUUAAUAAAAAAGUUUUAUUAAUAAAUUUUAAAUUAAAACUUUUAAAUAUAAUAUAA